AUGAUUAUUCACGAUGAACUGAAAGCUGCUGCCACUUUCGGCCGGUCCUUUGACCAAUACGCUAAAAGAGUCUUCUAUAAGAUCAAGUUUAACGAAAGAUACGGGAUCCAGUCUAAAUUGUGAGUUUGCUUUGUUUGUUUCUUGGUUUUUAGGUAACAAUUAUUGGGUUAAAAUUAAUGUAAAGGUUGAUUUACGUUUCGUGAUAGUUAUUGUGGCGUAUUUGUGGUUUUCGGCUUUGCUUUCAAAUUUUAGGUAUAAGUUUAAAGUUUAACAAUGGCAAAAUGAAGGUUUUAAGCUGAUUCUUUGCAAGAUGGUAAAAUUUAUAAAUAGAAAGAAGUUCAAAACGUUUCAAGCACCUGCAGGCAGUGAGAAGAUAUUUUGACUGUGCUCGCUUUUAGGUAUCAUUACACUAGUUUAUUCAUGUUUUAAUCUUUUCGUUUCAGCACAAGAGCCAUUGACUAUUAUAACUUUUACCUCGAGUUCUUCGACCGACUUCAAUGGGAUCCCAACUACAUUCCCGAAGAGUUUCCUAUCCUCGAUCCUGAAUGGUUGUAUCCGUUUGGAAGAACACCACCAAACCUGCACGAAUAUCUGAAGAAGACAAACCAGGACUACAGCGAUAUCAGCUGGGACGAGGAUACUCCAAGCGACAUUUACCUCACUACCGUUUGA